AUGGCGCGCAUGCCAAAGCAAGCCUCAUCCAAGCCAGAUGCCGGAAUUCCGCCCAUGACAGGCCAGCAAGAUUUCAUGUUUGUCGACUUCCAGGGCGACGGCUGCGACGGGGUCUCAUUCGGUCAGCGGCAGAGGGUGUUUGUUCAGAAACGGUUUCACCGGGAGAAGAAGCAGGCUUCGAUCGAUCGGUUGAAAUCGCGAGUCCCCGCGAACCGGGUCCGAGUCUUGCAGCUUGGAGUCGACAAGAAUAGGGACGAGGAAAGCCAGGACGCAGCGGCCGCGGCAGCGGCAGCAGGUACAGAUGCAAAGCAACUGACACGCAUCCAGGUCCGACAUCGCGAAUUAUCCUUGACGGCGCGUCCGAGCCAGCGCCACGGCGACCCGUUUUCCGCAGCCGCAGCGCCCAUGACGGGGAAGCUGUGGAUGUACUUGCAUCACUUCACGGUUCACAUCGUUUCCAUCUCCUAUCCUGUGGAUGCGCCACGGAUGGAGGCCUGGUGGGCGCGACAUGCCGUGGCUUCGCCGGCCGUGCUGCAAACGUGCGCCUGGCGGGCGGCCGAGCACAAGGCGCUUCUGGCUUCAAGUCAGGGGAUGCCGUCGGCUGUUAUACGAAAGUCGAUUAAUGACUCCUUGUAUUACCGGCUCAGCGCUAUCAAAUCGAUCAACGAAUCGAUUCAGCAUCCUGUGACACCAGCCACAGAGUCGACGGUGCUUCUUGUCAGCGCGCAGCUGGGGAAUGAGUCCUUUUGUGCGAACCUCGAUGUUCUCCCGGCUCAUGCAAAGGGUCUUACAACGCUUGUGGCCAUGGUGGGUGGCCUGGAGGCGCUCGAUCAUUUGAUGCUCUCCACAAUAUACCAAGGUGCUCUAAUGCUCGCGGCUCUCGAGGACACCGUCCCCAUCUUCCCCAUGCUGCCCAAAUUCCGCCACGGAACCCUGCACGAGCCGAAGAUCUUCAACGUCAAAGAACGAAUCCAAUACCAGUGCGAAGUUCCCAGCAGUUUAUCAUCACUCGGCAUCCGCUUCACCACCGCACCCUGGUCCGCAACCAUCAUCCAUCCCAAGAUGAAAUACCUCGUCGAGGCCUUUCGCCGUCUCAUCCACCACUUUGAAGUCGCAACCAUUUACCCAAAAAUCGUCGCGCCGACGGACAACGACCUCUUUGUGCUUAUGCAGCACGAGUUACUCUCUACGCGGUACACAUCACCGGCAGGAGGAGAAGACAGCAAAAGCACCGCCCCAAACAUCAACGACGCCCUCCGCCUCUCGCUACUGGUCUACCUCUACACGCGCGUCUCGCAAUUCCAAAACCUCCCCAUAAUGCGCUGCAUGGUCGAGAACUUCCGGCAGAGCCUCAUCUCCGCCGACGUAUCCUACUUCCACGCGACGGCGCCCGACCUCCUCUUCUGGAUCUUGUUUAUUGGGGGGAUGGCGUCGCAGGGGUACAGCUCGCACCCGUGGUUCGUCGCGCACCUUGCGGACGUCGCGCGGGAUUUGGGGCUGCAGGAGUGGGAGAGCCAGGUGCGUCCGUUGUUGGGGGAGUUUUUCUAUACGGAUCGCCCCGGGCAGACGGCUGCGGAGGAUCUGUGGAGUGAGCUUGUGCUGCUGGCCGGGCCGUGGAGGUAUAUAGCGCCCAAGCCGCGGCUUGUUGUUAUUGAGAUGGAUUAA